CCUCCCUCUGCACACUGACAUAUAUAAUGAAGUCAUGAACCUGAACCCAGCAGUCCUCGGGUUUUUCUCUAGCUUAGCCACGCUCUUCCCCGACCUUCGUCACUGGGCUCUGUCCCUCCCUCUCUCUCUCUCUCUCUCUUCUCCCAUAAACUUCCAUGCUCUUACACAGAUUUAGCAAGGCAAUCAGAAAACGUAACGCCAACGUACUGGCCACACUUUCCACCACACCACAACUACCCCUGUGCAGCUCAUGAACCCCAUCCUUCAUUUCCUAGCUAUUCCCUUACCAAACCCAUAAACGCUCCUCAACAAGCUCGUAAACUACCCCAUUUCACAGCAAGCCCAUAAACCCCCCCAGACUCUGUUUUCUGUGUCUGCUUCUCUCUCUGUACAGUCCUUCACAUGCAUUCAAGCCGUCAAUGAAUUGGGUCUCUGCGUUUCAUCAUCUGGGGGGGAAUGGGGUGCAUGUUUUCUCGUCUGGCGGCGAAGUUCGCCUUCUUUCCGCCCUCUCCGGCGACCUAUGCGGUGAAGAAGCGCGAGGACGGAAAGCUCGUGGCUGUUUCAGCGAUGAACUCGCCGUCGAUGCCGCCGGCGUUCCCACACGGCGACGACAACUCUCUCGAUGUUUUGCUUCUAGACACUAAGCAGGGGAACAGGAUUGUUGCCUUUUAUCUGAGAAACCCUUAUGCUCGCCUCACUCUGCUUUACUCUCAUGGCAAUGCUGCGGACCUUGGCCAGCUGUACGAUCUCUUUGUGCAGCUCAAGGUCAAUCUCAGAGUUAAUCUCAUGGGAUACGACUACUCUGGUUAUGGAGGCUCUAGUGGUAAGCCAAGUGAAUCCAAUACAUAUGCGGAUAUAGAAGCAGUGUAUGAAUGUCUUGAGACUGAGUAUGGAGUUGGCCAGGAAGACUUAAUUUUAUAUGGACAGUCAGUUGGAAGUGGGCCAACCCUGCACCUGGCAGCUCGGUUGCCAAGGCUGAGAGGUGUAGUUCUGCAUAGUGCUAUUCUUUCUGGCCUUCGCGUGGUCUGCCAUGUAAAGUUCACGCUUUGCUUUGACAUGUAUAAGAACGUGGACAAAAUCCGGAAGGUGAAGUGUCCGGUGCUAGUGAUUCACGGUACAGAAGAUGACGUAGUAAAUUGGUUACAUGGCAAUAAAUUGUGGAAAAUGGCACGAGAGCCAUAUGAGCCCUUGUGGAUUAAGGGUGGUGGACAUUGCAACCUGGAGCUCUACCCCGAUUACGUUCGUCAUCUUUGCAGCUUCAUCCAUGAAAUGGAGAACAUCACCACAGCUGUCCGGCUCAAAAAGAUCCGGCAGAGCCUCCGCUUACAGGAGAGGUCCAAUACUGCUAUUACAAGUGCUUCUAUCAGGUGCUGUAGACUUAAAUUCAGAAGACCAAAAUGCCCAGAAUGUUCAAGGCCUCGCUGCUUAAAGUGCUUCUGGAGGCCCAAAUGCCCUGGAUGCUCAAAACCCAGCUGCAUAACUUGUAUCUGUCGACCCAAAUGCCCCAAAUGCCCCAAAUGUCCUAGACCUGGCUGCAUAAAAUGUUCAUGCUGGCGAUGGUUUGCAGGGACAUGUAAUGGGACGGAUAGAAGGCAGGAUGGCUAGUCUUUAUGCAUGUAUAGAUUGCUAGACCUGCUAACAUACCUUGAAUCUGUGCAGUAGUGGGUGGAACCCGAGGAAGUGGUUUAUUAAUUAGAUAUUGAGAAACACAUUCUGAUGAAAACAUUUCUCACAAGUGUUUUAUAGUCUUAUUAACUGUGGGGUAUGCACUUCAUCGAAAAGUUUUCCUUUCCUGGUUAAAAA